AUGGGUGCUUUUACAUAUCUCCGUGAGCUCUACACAAAGAAGCAGAGUGAAGUUAUGCGCUUCAUCCUCCGUCUUCGCUGCUGGGAAUACCGCCAACUUCCAGAACUUGUCCGCCUUACACAUCCAUCCCGCCCAGAUAAGGCCCGCCGCAUGGGUUACAAGGCCAAGCAGGGUAUGGUUGUCUACCGUAUCCGCGUACGCAAGGGCUCCCGCAGGCGUGUUGCUUCCAAGAACCGCCAGUAUGGUAAGCCACGUACACACCAUAUUUACAAAUUAACACCAUCCCUUAACCUUCAGGCUAUCGCUGAACAGAAGGCUGGUAAGCAACUCCCAUCCCUUCGCCUCCUUAACUCUUACUGGGUUAACCAGGAUGGCGCUUUCAAGUACUUCGAGUGCAUCUUCGUCGACCCAGUCCACCCAGCUAUCCAGCACGAUGCUAAGCUCAACUGGAUCUGCGACUCCGUCCACACACGCCGUGAAGCUCGUGGCCUCACAGCUGCUGGCCGCAAGCACCGUGGUCUCAGUGGUGUCGGCCAUGGCUUCCGCCAUCUCCGCCCAUCACGCUAUGCUGACUGGAAGGUUCGCAACGUCUUCAAACUCCGCCGCUGGCGUUAA